AUGCGCACCAAUUAUUUGUCGACUACCGCCUUCAUCUGCCUAGAAUGGAAGACUAUCCCAUGGUCAGCACAUCCCAAGUGGCCCAAGGACAAGCUGCUAGAUAUUCUCGUUGAGGUUCCAGGGAUACUGCAAGAUAUGGCUAUUCUUAAGACUUUCACUCGUCAGCCAGAGAAACAACACUUCUUACGUCAAGUUCUUGAAGAAAGUUGUUGGUGGUGUGAUCGUCAACUCCUGUUAUGGUCGACUUCAUGUGGGGCGGCUGUUGUUACCUUCGUAGAAAGCCUCAUCGCAGUCCAAGACCUAGACGACAACAGUAAAGAGUCGGCACCGCCAUCCACCGACCUCGCUAUGGCCCACCUAGGAAUGAUCUAUUGGACAACGUACAACCUCCUCUCCCAAAUCCUCUCAUGGCUUAGGGGACCUGGCCCGUCUAGAGAGGACACGACUCCGCUGCCACCGCGCCUGGACGCGCAUCUGUAUAGUCACAAGGUCGCCUUGCUGAUCCCGUAUUUCAAGAAGCCUGGAGUGGGCUUCUACUUGAUCAGUUUCAUCGGGUUUCCGGUAGCGGUAGCCGCAAGCUUCCUUGCAAGACAGGAUUCGGUAGGAACUUUCUCGGAGGCUCGGGCCUUGCUUGUCAGAGCCUUCCGCGGCGAGCGCGGCAAGCAGCUGCAGGGGUUUCUCGCCACUUGGCCAUGGAUGACUCGCUCCGAGUUGGACACGCUUGGGAUGACAGGCUCUCAUGCUGCCGCGACCUGA